AUGUAUCGAGCAAUCCCUGUCUCGAGACAGGUCGCGUCGACUUCUGGUCGGGGAGCUGUGCGCGUUAUUCGACGGCGUCUUGCCACGGAAUCAUCGCCAUUACCAAAAAAGAAAAGGGGAAUUGUUCGGAAGGUGUUUUGGACAACCACAGCCCUCGCCGGGACCUUCUACGUCGGCAGCGCGUUUAUUGGAUUUAAUAAUCAGACCUACUAUGACUUCUUCUCCGACAACGUCCCUCUAGGUCAAUCUAUGCUGGAGUUUGCCGAGAGCCAUGGAUGGGAUACACUCACGGUUGACGACGUCGUCGAAGGUGGCAAAACCGCGGUAAUUUCAACCCAGCGUUUCAUCACCGAUACAAUCAACCGUACUCCCAGCUCACACGACGUUGUCGAGUCUGCGAAAAUUGCGGCGGAGAAGAAGGCUAGUGAGGCGAAGGCUGCAACAUUCAAAGUCAUCAGGGAAACAAAGGCAAAGGUCGAACCUGUCAUCGGUCAUGUCAAGGAGGAAAUUCGUGACGAGGUAACUAAAUUGUCCCACAAGGCUGAAGACCUCAAAGCAUCUCGGGGAGACCAGCUUGCCGGCGAAAUGGCUGAACUUGUGCGGAGGGCUGAAUUUGCCAUUGCAGGCAAACCUUACUCCCCGGACAGCACGACGCCUAUACCCUCGCCGACAGACGUCACUCCUUCCACACCAUCUCCACCUUCAAAAGAAGUUGAUAUCACCGUUUAUAGUGCUCCCCUCCCACUCGGUUUCGAACCCCCUCCUGGCUUUUCUCGCCCUUCACCCCCCAAAGCGGAAAAAACGAAAGGUCCGGAGUCAAAGCCGGAGUCGGAGGAUGUUGCUGCCGUCACCCUUCCGCUCGUUGCAUCUGCCAUAUCCUCGCUGAGUGCAUCGGAGCCCAUCAUCACGCAUCUCGCGGGAACCAUCGACAACCUCGCUUCCUACCUUGAAUCUAAUCCCAAGGCUGCAUCGAAAGCCGCAGACGUUCUUGAGUCAGCCAAAGGUGAUCUUGCCGCCCUCGUCGAAAGAAUCGAGAAAGUGAAAGAAGAGGAACGUUCUUCUCUCGAGGCAAAGCUCGACGAGCAAACUAGGGAUUAUACUCAAAGACUUCUUGAGCUGGAGAUGGAGGCACAAGACAAGCUUGAUGGUCAGGAAGAAGGUUUCAGGAGAUUCUUUGAGGAGGAGAGGGUGAAGUUCAUUCAGGCGUACCGCGAAAAGUUGAAUCACGAACUCAGGACUCAAACUGAGCUCAUCAAUGAACGGCUGAAAGAAGAGGUUAUCGCUCAAGGCAUCGAACUCCAGCGACGCUGGAUUCGUGAGAUCAAGGUUCGCGUAGAGCAGGAGCGAGGCGGCCGUCUCGCCAAACUGGACGAACUAUCUGCCCAAAUAAAACGUCUCGAAAACAUCGCUCUUGACAACUCGACAUAUCUGGACGAGAACAUUCGCAUUCACGCUCUGUGGUCUGCUCUCCGUGCAUUGAAUUCCUCCGCAAUCUCAUCACCCGUUCGAAAACCAUUUCGUGAAGAGCUUAGGGUUCUUCGACACAUGUCGGCCGCGCGAGAGGAUCCCGUCGUUACCGUGAUUCUGGAGAGUUUGGAGGGCACUGAUAUACCUGACAUCGGCGUGGAGCCAUUUGCCGAUCUGGCAUCCUGGUUUGCGAGCGAGGUAGCUCCCAAGGUAUCUCAGGUCGCUCUUGUACCCGAUGAGAAUGCAGGCGUUCUCUCUUACCUUGCCAGUCGUGCUCUUUCCAGCUUGCGGUUCAAGAGGAAUGGGCUCGUAGAAGGAGAUGAUGUUCUCAGCGUUUUGGCAAGAGCGGAGUAUUACCUGAAUGAGAAGGAUCUGGAUACUGCAACGAGAGAACUUAAUCAGCUAAAGGGCCCCGCAAAAACACUGUUGCACGAUUGGCUAGAGGCUGCACGGCGAAGAUUAGAGGUGCAGCAAGCCCUAGACGUCAUUCAAACUCAGGCAACCUUGGCCUCAUUGCUUGUUGUUUAGACCAUCACAUUCCCGAAUAGAUUAUGAGAAACCAG